AUGGCAGGAACAGGAGUUCCGCCAAUCAACAUCGAGGGCACCGCUGAUUGGUCAUCCUUGAGUAGGAUGAUGAACAGCAAGGGGAUUCAAUUCUCCAAAGCGAGGACGGCGGGUACCAGUGUGAAGGUAUUCACAAAUACACCAGCUGACUACCGUCAGCUAGUCGCACUGCUUGAAUCCAUCAAGCGGCCCUUCUUCACAUAUCAACUGAAGGAGGACAGGAUGGACCAGAGGGUCAUUCGUGGGCUUCCGAGAGAGAUGUCAGUCAAUGACAUCAAAGAGGAUCUGGUGAGCCAAGGCAUCGCAGACGCCGUGGUUCAGCAGCUGACCUCAAGGACCACAAAGAAGCCACUUCCGCUCUUCCUCGUCAAGACGAAGAUGCCGGAAAAGCUUGCAGAGAUCCAGAGGCUGGCCAUGCUCACGGUCAGCUUCGAGAGGAAGAAAAAGUCUUCCGAGCCCAGCCAGUGCUACCGCUGCCAGCGGUACGGGCACACACAGCGGAACUGCCGUCUCGCUGAACGGAUGAUGAACAGCAAGGGGAUUCAAUUCUCCAAAGCGAGGACGGCGGGUACCAGUGUGAAGGUAUUCACAAAUACACCAGCUGACUACCGUCAGCUAGUCGCACUGCUUGAAUCCAUCAAGCGGCCCUUCUUCACAUAUCAACUGAAGGAGGACAGGAUGGACCAGAGGGUCAUUCGUGGGCUUCCGAGAGAGAUGUCAGUCAAUGACAUCAAAGAGGAUCUGGUGAGCCAAGGCAUCGCAGACGCCGUGGUUCAGCAGCUGACCUCAAGGACCACAAAGAAGCCACUUCCGCUCUUCCUCGUCAAGACGAAGAUGCCGGAAAAGCUUGCAGAGAUCCAGAGGCUGGCCAUGCUCACGGUCAGCUUCGAGAGGAAGAAAAAGUCUUCCGAGCCCAGCCAGUGCUACCGCUGCCAGCGGUACGGGCACACACAGCGGAACUGCCGUCUCGCUGAACGAGCCACUGAUUUAUAUUCAAUGGAGGAAUAUCCGUUAGCCCUAGUGAUAUUGACAUUAGAGAUUUGGAAAAUCAUAAUCUCUUGA